AGCGACGCGUUUAUCUCAAUGUUUAAUCACAUUAGCAUAACGAAGGAAGUGAAAAUAUAACAAAAACCGGUAGCGGCCAACUUGACUCGUUGAUUGAGAUGAGUUGAGAGAGUACAGGCCAUCUGAAUUGCGCACGUAUGAGACUCCACAGUGUUCAGCUUCGAAACUACAGAAAGAAAUUUGGAAACAGACUCUGAAACUGUGAAUGUAAACACUAAUUUUGAUACUAGAAACAGAACAAAAAAAAAAAAAACAAACAAAAACCAGCAUCAAAACACAAAAAGUAUUGCUUAAUUGGAGACGGCGCCAACAUUUAUUUAUACAAAAAUUGCAAAUAUACAUACAUAUAUAUUCCAAAACACUCCAUUAGUGCAUAGUUAGGAAAUAUACAACCAACAAACAACAACACAUACACUUAAAUGCUGCAUACACAAAAGUGUAUAAUAAUUUAAAUGCUAAUGAAAUUUGAAUACGAAGAAUAAGAAGAAUCAAAAGCAGUUAAAAAAUUUCAAACAGCGAAGAAAAGCAAUACAAACGACGAACCUCAGCGUUAAGCAAAAAUCUUUACUAUUAUCGUAUAUCAUAUGUAUAUUUAGGCAUAGAAAUAUAUAGGUAGGUGGAAUCACAGGAUCGAAAGAAUUGAAGAUUAUUCAGCACGAAAUCAACAAAGUUCAUCUCUGUGUAUUAGGUGUAUACUUUGAGGAAGAUAUAUAAUUAAUUAUAUAUACAUAUGUAUAUAUAAAAAACACAUUAGGAGGAUUAUUGUAUGUGUGCAAGUUUUCAUCCGACUUUUUUAUAUACUUAUAUACAUCAAAAGAGGUGCGACAAAUAGUUAAGAAGAACCACAGCUUAUUUUUGAUAUUAGCCUUGUUUUUCUCCCUAUUGAUGACCGGUCAGUAGUAAAUACGAGGUUCGUGUAGAGUUAGAGUAGAGUUAGUGCUCUCGCAUAUCUUUCGGAUCGCUCAGAUCAGUUCAGAUCGCUCAACAUGGACGAAUCACAGCCAAAGACCCUAUAUGUGGGCAAUCUUGAUGGCUCCGUGUCCGAGGAUCUACUCAUUGCCCUCUUUGGCAAAAUGGGGCCAGUGAAAAGUUGUAAAAUCAUCAGAGAGCCUGGUAAUGAUCCUUACGCCUUCAUCGAAUAUUCCAAUUAUCAGGCUGCUACCACAGCUCUGACCGCCAUGAAUAAACGCGUAUUUCUCGAAAAGGAGAUUAAGGUAAAUUGGGCCACUAGUCCUGGCAAUCAACCGAAAACAGACAUCAGUUCGCAUCAUCAUAUAUUUGUUGGCGAUCUCAGUCCGGAAAUUGAAACAGAAACGCUAAGGGAAGCCUUUGCACCCUUUGGCGAGAUCUCCAACUGCCGCAUUGUGCGCGAUCCACAGACCAUGAAGUCCAAAGGAUAUGCCUUUGUCUCCUUUGUGAAGAAGGCCGAAGCCGAGAAUGCAAUACAGGCAAUGAACGGCCAGUGGAUUGGGUCGCGUUCAAUUCGUACCAAUUGGUCCACACGUAAGUUGCCACCUCCGCGAGAAUCCACCAAGGCUGGCGGACAAGGUGGUGGCAUGGGCGGUGGCGGACCUGGAAACGGUACCGGUAUUAAGAGUAAUCAGCGGCACACCUUCGAAGAGGUCUACAAUCAGUCGAGCCCAACAAAUACCACCGUUUACUGCGGCGGUUUUCCGCCUAAUGUCAUUAGCGACGACCUGAUGCAUAAGCACUUCAUGCAAUUCGGUCCGAUUCAGGAUGUGCGUGUAUUCAAGGAGAAGGGUUUUGCGUUCAUUAAGUUUGUGACAAAGGAGGCAGCCGCACGCGCCAUCGAGCAUACGCACAUCAGUGAGGUUCAUGGGAGUCAAGUGAAGUGCUUCUGGGGCAAGGAAAACGGCGGCGACAACAAUUCAGCCAAUAAUAUAAACGCUGCUGCAGCGGCGGCCGCAUCCGCCAAUGUCGCUGCCGUGGCUGCUGCUAAUGCAGCUGCCGCUGCAGGUGCAGCAAUGCCAGGCCAAAUGAUGACGCAGCAACAGAUAGCAGCCGCUACUGGAGCUGCGUUACCUGGUCAAAUGAUGACGCCGCAACAAAUAGCAGCAGCUGCGGCGGCACAAUACCCUUACGCUUACCAGCAAAUGGGCUACUGGUAUCAACCAGCGGCAUAUCAAGCCAAUCAGAUGCAAACACAGUACUUGCAACAGGGCUACUAUCCCUACGCCUACGCUACCGGUGCUCAGCAAGCGGGAGGUGUCCCUGCUGGAUAUCGCAUGGUGCCGCCGAAUGUGGCAUGGGGAGUGCCCGGUACAGUAGUGCCAGGUGUGACUGCCGCUGCUGCCACAGCGGCUGCAGCAGCCAACGGUUCACUUGCCCCACAGAUGAUGUACAGUGCUGCGAUGCCGCAAUAUCAGACCCAAUGAGCGGAGAUGUGACGCCUGCUUCGACGCCGUCUGCAACAUCCAGGCAGUCGCUGCAGCCAACAACGCCCACUAUUGCAACUGGAACCGUAUCGACGACUACGAUACCUAGAAUACCAUCAGGGAUCCGUUGCUGUCCCCAUUACGUUAGAGACACAACCGGAGCCCGUCGGCAACACUAACACCAACGCCAAUAUCAUCAACCAAAACGGGUUCAGCAACAUAACACAGCUGCUAUGAUUUAGGCAGCAUGCCAAUAGGGUUGCUAUGGGCGUACAAGGCAUACGUUGGAUAGGCAUGGCGUUGUAAGGGGUCACUCAUCUCACACUUGUUUGGCCAUAUCUAUAUAUAUAUAUUAUGAUAUGGUCGAAGUCGUGUAGGUUAAAGGUCCAAAAGCUAAGCGUGGAACUAAAAGUUGAAUCACGCGGCGACAUUCUGAAGCACUGGGCGAUGGGCGGGUAGCUGUAACAAUCUAAUCCAAUCUAAGUACAUGUUACAAUAAUUUAAUGAUUUGUAAUUUAAGACCAGAUAUAUAGGCGCGUGAGCACGAAACGGAAACAGAAACGUAAAUGAAGACAGACAACAAAUUUAGCAAACAAUCCAAGAUGAAGGUGAUGAUGACUAAGUGAAAUGGUAUAAAUUUAACUCACUGCGAGUAGAACGUGUGUGUCAACAUAAGAAAAUAGGUAAAGAAAACAGAACGAAAUGAGAAAUGAGUGAAGAAGAGGCGAUAGAAAUAUAGCCACAAACAAGCCGAAAGUAAAAGUAAAACAAAUCUAGUUACUAAGAGAUUGUAAAUGCGAACAUACAUAUUGUAUAUUUCCAAUGUGGAAAACGAAAUGCGAUAUAAUUAUGUAAAAUGUAAAAUAAAGAAACAAAAAAAUAUAUAAA